ACCCCUUUUUUUUUCUUAAUAAACAUACACAAAUAUGACUUCUCUCGGACGCGGUGUUUUUGUUCCUGUACCUACUUUUUUCAAGCAAAAUGAAGACCUUGACUUGGAAGCCUUCGAUAAGCAUAUUGAAUACUUGUCCAAGUCUGGUAUUGCUGGUGUUGUAGUUUUAGGUUCUAUGGGAGAAGCUGUUAGCUUAUCCGAACAUGAAAGAGAUCUUGUCAUCGAGCAAGCCGCCAAAUCUAUCAAGAAGCACAAUCCUGCAUUGAAAUUAAUUGCAGGUACCUCUGCUCAAAGUGCCAGAACCACCAUCCUCUAUACCAAGCAAGCCGCCCAACAAGGAGCUGAGUUCACCUUAAUUUUACCUCCUUCUUUCUAUCGUGGAGCUAUUGACCAUGAUGCUAUUGUCCGAUUCUUCACAGCAGUAGCAGAUGCAUCUCCCUUGCCUGUCAUUAUCUACAACUACCCUGGUGUCUGUCAAGGUCUUGACUUAAGUGUUCAGGUCCUUGUGGAAUUAUCGCGUCAUCCUAAUAUUAUUGGUGUCAAGGGAACAGAUGGUAACGUGGGUAAAAUGGCAAAUUUAGUCAGAAAGACAGAUCCCAAAGAGGUCACUUUAUUGGCUGGAUCUGCUGAUUUCUUCUUACCCGAGUUAGUGAUUGGAGCUGUUGGAUUAAUUCCUGGAGCAGGUAAUAUCUUCCCUAGUCUCUGUGUUCAAGUGCAGACAUUAUAUGAAGAUGGUAAAUUAAAAGAGGCAACUGAGUUACAACAUAAGCUUGUGGAGGCCGAUGAUGCACUCUGUAGAUGGCACGGUAUUCCAGGCAUCAAGAGCUUUAUUCAAACCAGAUUAGGCUAUGGUCAUGGUGUCUGUCGUAAUCCUCUUGGUUUAGCCUCUAAAGCCAAUGCACAAGCGAUUGAAGAAGCUGUAAACGAGGUCUGGCAUCUUGAGCAAACUUAUCAUUAAAUUAUUACGUAAUAAAAUGACGAAUGAAUUCUGAUUGGUUCGUAAAAUACUUCACUGUAAAAA